ACAUGUAGACCUAAUAGCGGCUUGGCCUUUGUUAGCGAGUUGGUGAGAAGGACCGAGACAGCCAGCGGAGCUGUAUUCAUGCACUAACAGGGAGGAAAAUGAUCAUCUGCACGAAAAACAUGGAAUAUCGCCUUGGAACACAGUGCCAGUUUGUCCAAAACCAGAUGAUGGUGAACUCUGAGAAAGAACGUGCUUCCCUGUUGUGUAUGAAGGCUCUGGCCAACAGAGGGCGUCUGGAUACGGUGUCUCAGCAGAUGGCCUCUCACCCACAGUACCUGGAGAGUUUCCUGCGUACCCAGCACUACAUCCUUUAUAUGGAUGGCCCAUUGCCCCUGAAAUACCGUCACUACAUUGCCAUCAUGGCUGCAGCGCGGCAUCACUGUAGGUACUUGGUUUCUCUGCACUCUGCUCAGUUCCUGCGUGUGGGCGGUGACCCCUUAUGGCUUCAAGGGCUAGAGGCUGUGCCCCCACGUCUACGGCACCUUGACCAUAUCAAUAAGGUCCUGGCCCAUCAACCUUGGCUCACGGCACGCUCACAUAUACAGGCUCUACUCAAGACAGGAGAGCAUUGCUUGUCUAUGGCCGAAUUGGUUCAGGCAGUUGUUCUGCUGGCCCACUGUCAUUCUCUUUGCAGUUUCGUUUUUGGUUCUGGUUCUGACUCCGACAGCACUCCCUCUCCCAGAGUGCCUCACGGCACGCCCCCUGGCUACUGUCUCUGUGAUGCUGCCAAUGGCAACACAGCCUUUUCAUCAGCCCCCGCUGGUCCAACAGAGAAGACACAACGGCGAAGGUCCCUGGACUCUAGCUGUGAGCUUGCUUCCCAUCGAGAACAAAUGCAAAAAACACAGGAGGAGAAGGAACGAAAAGGAGAUCGACUCCAUUCACAGACACUCCCACAAGCAGAUGUGGAGGACGAGGAGGAGAUGAUGUGCUCAGCAGACCCCUCCCGCUUUGUCACAGAUCCGGAAUUCGGCUACCAAGAAUUUGCCAGACGGGAGGAGGACCAUUUCCAAGUAUUCCGGGUGCAGGACUAUUCGUGGGAGGAUCACGGCUUCUCUCUGGUGAACAGGCUCUACUCCGAUAUAGGACACUUGUUAGAUGAACGCUUCCGCAACGUGGCCUCCCUCCCUUUCCCACACAGCCCUGAUCUCAAACGAGCCAUCUGGAACUACAUUCAUUGUUUCUAUGGAAUAAGAUAUGAUGAUUAUGAUUACGGCGAAGUGAACCGGUUACUGGAGCGUGGGCUGAAACUUUACAUAAAAGCUGUGGCGUGCUACCCUGACUCCUCCAAGACCCCUCUAUGCCCACUAUCCUGGACCCCUGUCAAUGCUUCAGAGAAGGUCCAUGUAAAUUUGUUGGUGAUGGAGGCACGUCUGCAGGCCGAGCUACUGUAUGCACUCAGAGCUAUCACCCAGUACAUGAUCGCAUAGGACACAAGCGUUCAACGCCACAGAAGGGGACUGUACACAAUUGCAUUGUACACAUUCACGUGGUACAAUGGGGGGAGAGAGGAAAAUCACAGACGACAAAGAUAUACAAGUAGAGAAAAUGUUAGAGUUGCCUCUCCUUCUUUGUUUAUGUUGUUGUCUGUGACAUUUGCAGAGUUUACUGGUGUGACUUAAGGCACUGCUGUGAAACUAUUCUUUGCCAAAGUUGAAACUUUAGGAAGAAGGGUACAAAGCAAUUGGUCUCACUUCUACUGUCAUUUGCAUGUCUUUCCCCUACUUUAAUUAUUUCUAUAGUUGUCCUUUUGUGAGUAUACUUUUCUUUUUCUACCUGUCCUUUUUUAGUAUCUUGAUCCCAGAUGGUUAAUGUGCAAUUAUUUUUAUUCAGUUAUUAAUAUUUUCCUAUUUUGUUUGCUUGUGUGUUUGUUUUUGCUGUUGAUGUUCAAUUGAUUGACUUGUGAGAGAGAAGUGUCCAACUGGUAGUUUCUGAAGUAUCAAAUUUGGAAGUUCUUUUCAAAAAGGUCUAAGCCAAUUUGAGUCACUGUUUACAGAGAAUGAGUGAGUGGACAAAUACGAUUACUUAACAUGGCUUCCAGAUGUUUCAUUUGAAUGUUGAACAGUGAGAUCAGAGCAACAUUUAAAAAAGGGUAGGAAAAGGUUAAAUGGCUGUUAGGUUCUUUUUAAAUCGCACUUUUAAGACAGUAUCUAUCAAUAAGCUUAAAACUGUGGCUUCGUUCAGCAAGUACUGCGUUUCACCUGUUCAAAUUGAUUUGCAUUUAUGUUUGCCGAAUCUUACACACAAAUCGAGCCAGUCGAAUGGGUACUAUAGAGAUUGAUGUGACAUUUAUAGGAUCCAUUAUUUAUCAGAUCUCCGCAGCAAAAAAAAACAAGCUUAAAGAUCUGCUUUUGAGAGAUGCAAUACAAUGAAAAGGAUUGCAUUUGUAUAAAAAAAAAGAAAGAAAAAGUUGUAAAUGUACCUUGUUGUUAUAGUGUAUUCAGUGUUUCUGUUUUUUAGAGCAAACAAUCAGUUUUACCAGCUCUAUAUGGACUGUCCAAAUUAACACGGUCCCAUACAAUGCCUGAUAGUUUGGUAUAAGUAGCAUCUAUGGAAAACAGUUUAAACAAAACGUAAAAGUUGACUUUAAACUAAUAUUCCGAGUUCAAUACAAGUCAAGCUCUAUCCGCAGCAUUUGUGGCAUUAUGUUGAUUACCACAAAAAAUGUUUUGCUCUUCCCUGCUUUCAACUCGUCCCUCCAAAAAUCUGGGUUACAAUGAGGCACUUACAAUGGAAGUGAAUAGGGCCAAUGCGUAAACAUUAAAAUACUAUUUUAAAAGUAUAUUUUUGUGUGAGAAAAUCACUUCCUUUAAAUCACUAACCUUUUCUGUGUAAUUAUAUCCCAUUUUACAACUUCGUUGCAAGGAUACCAUAAUGCCGUAAACCCUAAAACUACUGUAAAAUUAACUUUACAGCUCAAAUAAUGCACCAGUUUUAACAUAAUUUAAUUGGUUUUAAAAAAUUGUAAGCUUCAAAUUUCUGCCUUUUUUAAACCCUCCAAAAAUUGGCCCGAUUGAGUGCCUCACUGUAACUAAAACCUAGAAAUUAGAAAAGGAGGUAAGAGUCUAAAUCAUUUUUGUUGUAAUCAGUAUUACACCACAAAUACUAUCAAUUGAGCUUAACUUGUAUUAAACCCUGAAUAUUCCUUUAAUUUAUGAGAGACCGUAAGUAAUUAGCCCACUGAAUGGUUUCAGUCGAAGGACCAGAAAUCAGUGAGAAGCACUGAUAAAUAUUGUGCUGGCAUGCUCAGUGUUAGUAAAGGGUGUAGUUUAUAUAACUUUCGUUUUAUAGACCUUCAUUCAUGAGAAAUGAAUCUGCCACAAAUGGGAAUUGUAAAAAAAAAAAAAAAUACCUUGUAAAAAUAGAAAGUCACCUUGUGAUGUAUGUAAGGAGUUUAGAAUAAGCUUAGAAUUUUUAAUGUUGUCAGGCUGGUUUAGAUCAAAUGAAGGACUUUUAUUCUGACAAAAAUACAGAACAAAGAUGUUUUGUCAACUCUGUCUUUCUUAGGUGAAAAGGUCUAUCCUUCCUAUAACUGACCGGCACAUAUUUUACCUGAACUGAACCUUUUGCACCCUACAUUGCCUCUUAUCAACUCUUGUUUUUGACAAAUGUCUUGGAGAGGCAUUCAUCCAGUGAUGUCCUGAAUUUAUAAAAUGUUCAGAUUUGUGGGUAAGCCAAUUACCUGUACUGUGUUAAAGUCAGGGUGGUGGUAUAGUUGCGCAAUAACAGUUGACAAAACGGCUUAUGCACCACCUAUGGUUUGUUAUGUGUGUUUUAAAACAUUGCAUUACUUUUUGUUUCUUUUCAAGUGUCUUGUCUUUUUUGAGGAAGGGUGAAGGUUGCAAGGUUCUAUUAUUAUUUGGAACAGCAUUCCAAUAGUCCACUAAUAUUUUAUAUAAAUAUAUAAUAUUGUUGGGCAUUUGGAAGCAAAGUAUGUAAACAGCAGAAAUGUGUACAGAACGUGAGUUAUCAUACAGGAGCUGCAGUCUGUAUUGAGAGCAUGGUGAAUUUUGAGUACUGAUGAGUCAUGUAUAUCUCAUCAGAAUGGCUGAACUGGACUUUAGUCUAAGAACUAAGCCUCAUGCUACUCCAUUAACAGUAAUUUAUGCGGGGAAAGAAAGUCGAAAGCAUUCAUCAUCAAAGCUGACUGACAGUAAUGGACACCCAGGACUAACAAACUACUCCAUGGAGAGGCUUUCUGGAGCAGGAUAGGACUGCAGAAUGGCCAUUCUACCUUAAGCAGGACUGUCCUAAAUUCUUGAAUUGCAAUCUGUGGAGACCUCCAGACUGUCCACACCACCUCAGUUGGAAGACGUCAAGGACAGCGAGCAUGGCUAAUGCCAAAAUGUUUAUUUACUACGUAAAUGUAGGAAUUAUACAAAUUAAAUGACCAAAAGAAUGGAAAAAAAAAAAAAUAUAUAAAAAAUGAAAAAACGAGCAAAAAUGUUUUGAAAUGUGAAAGCUUAUUUUUUUCUAUAAAGAUAUGCA